AUUUCCAUAUUCUCUGCAUUCCUCUACGACAAAGGACUUCGAAAAUUUCCAUGCGACAUUUUCAGUUUUCAGAGUCUAUUUUUUAGGUAAUAACAAAUGGAAUUUGUUAGCGAAGUAGGAGAACUCCGAGGCGCGCACGAGGGCUCUGGUGCUAACCCUUCUCCAUCAUCUGAAGGGUCGUCAUCAGAAAACACUGCCAGUGCAAAUAGCCCCUCGUUGGAAAGCAUGGAGGUGGCCGUAAAUGUACCCGCGGUUGCGGGUUGGGAGAAUAAAGCCAUAAGUGGCAGGCUGAGCAAUCUUCGCAAAGCGCCACAUACAUUGACGGUCGGAUUUAGGUUUAGGGAGAACCUGCAUCAUGAGGUAGCAGAUUGUGCUACCUCCAUUAAAGGGUAUAAGAGACUGGAGGACGUGGUGAGACAGUAUCACGUUCCUAGGAUAGUUUUGUUACGAACUGGCACCAAGAAUGAAAGGGCCUGCAGUGUGUCAACAACAGGGUGGAUACCCGUAUAUGUGGACCACUUCGAUGUCGGCCUGAGAUUCCCCUUGCCCGGGCUGAUUUUUGAUCUUCUCUCAGAGUACGAGCUGGCGUUAACACAACUAACCCCUAACAGCAUAAAAUUUAUAAUAGGAUUUAUGCUGUUGUGCGCGAGGUUGGAGAUACCUGCAAAAGCCAUUGUGUUCAGGUCGCUCUUUCUAUGCCGGCUGAGUACCACACAGACGAGGUGGUACUACAUUUCUGGGCAGGAAAAAAUGGGGAUCUUUAAGAACGUGAGGAAUAAGGUGUCUAGUUGGAAGAGACAAUUUAUCUUUGUCCGGGAUACGCGAAUAGAGAGGGUUAGCACCGAUCUGGCAGCUCGUCUCUCUGAGUGGCGCCCAGGGUAUGCGUACAUGAACUACCCCACACUAACCCCAGGCAACCUGGAGCUUAAGGAUAGGAUAACCAACUAUGUGAAGGGAGAGGGGUUAGUUGAUUUGGAAGCCCUGGUUAGCCCUGAGCUGCUUGCGUUGAGUGGGUUUGUGGAUGUCACAAACCUGUUUAAUGAAGCAUGCUCGAGAGGCAAUGCGAACGAGCUCAGCGUUCACAUGGUAGGGGGACUAGGUCCAGCACCAAGAGGCAAACACGCUUUGACGAGCUACCCCCUACAGCACCUCGCAGCUCGUCACAUAGGGAGCAAGGCUCCAGCUCGGCCUCACGGCCACAGGCUGAGCGCAAAAUUGAAUACUGGGAGUCAACCCAGAGCGGUGCGCUCACCUGAGGCGCCUGCUGUUCAGACACGCAGCACGGCUGCGAUGUUUCCCCCACCAGCAGCUAGUGGGGGCCCUAGAAUCGCAUACCCUAAGGGCUUUAGCUACACUAAGCCAGAUUGUCAGCUCGCUAUGGUCCAGGGUAUGCAGAGCUUUGUCCUACUUGUGGACCGUCAGCGCACCAAAGGUUAUAUCCAACAGCACGAGAGCCACGCUGCAAUGUUGAAGAUGAUGGAUGCGCUAAGCUACUCUGUAGCUUUAUUUGAGAGCGAGCAGGCAGCUCGUAUACAAAAUCGGGAGCUAGCUGACAGCUGCAAGCGGUUGACCUCAGACAAAGCGAGUUUGGAGGACGAGGUGAAUCGAUUGCAGAGCUCAGAGAUGGCCAACAGAGCUGCAUCAGCCGAAAGCCGGGCUGACAAGCUAGCCAACAAGGUCAACCAGCUACAGGAGGAGCUGGAUAAGGUGAAGGCCGAGAAGGAGUGCGGAAUCCAGGCGGCCAUGGAUGAGGUCGUUCGUGCGGUAGAUCGCACGAAGAAGGUUGAAGCUGAAAGAAAUGGCGCGCUGAAUGACCUCAACGCCGUAAGAAGUUGGGUAGCUGUGGCCGACCAAGACCUUGCUUGCGCAGAGGACUCACUAAGGAAGGCUAAAGCUCAACACCAACGCUGCAUUAGCAUCGCGCGAGCUCAAGGUGCGGAAUGGUUGGUAGGUGCUGACAUGUUCCAAGAUGUCGUAGCUGUGCCGUCCAUGAACACCACGACUGAGAUUUACAAUGACGUUCGUGAAGAAGCUGAACCUUCAAGUACUCCUCCCGCAUCUCAACUCGUCCCUGCUGCCAUCCCCAUCCCAGCUCGUACUGAUCCAUCCGCACCCAUUGACUUAACGGAUGACUAGACUUAGGCUUUUUCUGUUUCUUAGACUUUUUUAUUUUCAGUAUUUCCUUGUUUGAAACACAUUUUGUAGUUUUGUUGACACCUCAUGUAAUUGAUUUGCAAGGAAUACAACUUAAACAAUUUU